UUGGUGGUUCGUCCUCGCACGGAGUUUUUGUUGAACGUGGUAGACAGUCUUGCGAAGAAGGACGACCUCAACGUCUUUGCUCAACCUGUCCUCGAGCAGGAAGUGCCUGGCUACCAUCGCAUAAUCAAAAAGCCUAUAGACCUUGCCGCGAUGCGCGAAAAGAUCCUGAACUUCGAGUGCCGCAGUUUGGUCAGCUUAGAGCAAGACUUCAUGCUCAUGAUAUCGAAUUGCUUAAAGUUCAAUCGCAAAAAUCCUUACUACUACAAAUACGGCCUUAGAAUGAAAGAAGAGGUAGGUUUAUUUUGCUAA